AUGUCUGCCCCCGCCGCUUUCUCCGAUAUUGCCAAGGCUGCCAAUGAUCUCCUCAACAAGGACUUCUACCACGCCUCCCCAGCCAACCUUGAGGUCAAGUCCAAGGCUCCCAACGGUGUUACCUUCACCGUUAAGGGCAAGUCCAACCACGAGGGUUCUAUUGCCGGCCAGAUCGAGGCCAAGUACGUCGACAAGCCCACUGGUAAUUCUCCCCUCCAUCGCAAACCACCAGAUCCUGGCACGCGCGAGAGUGGUCUGCCAAUGAGCAUGAAUUUCAUACUCAAGGCCCCUCUCGUGCGCGAACAGAAUUACAUUUGCUGCUUUCUAUUCUCCAGCAAUACCGUCAACCACAAAUUAUUGUUGUUGCUAAUUUCUCGUCCCUGUACAGGCCUUACCCUCACCCAGGCUUGGACCACUGCCAACGCUCUCGACACCAAGCUUGAGCUUGACAACAACAUUGCCAAGGGCCUCAAGGCCGAGAUCCUCACCCAGUACCAGCCCGCCAAGCAGUCCAAGGGUGCUAAGCUCAACCUGUACUUUAAGCAGCCUAACCUGCACGCCCGUGCCUUCUUCGAUCUCCUGAACGGCCCAAUCGCCCACCUCGACGCCGUCCUCGGCCACGAGGGCUUCCUCGUCGGAGCUGAGGGUGGUUACGACGUCACCAAGGCCGCCAUUACCAAGUACUCCGCUGCUGUCGGCUACAGCGUUCCCCAGUACUCUGCUGCUAUCACCGCCAGCAACAACCUGUCUCUCUUCUCCGCCUCUUACUACCACCGCGUUAACGCUCAGGUUGAGGCCGGUGCCAAGGCUUCCUGGGACUCCACCUCCGGCAACGCCGUCGGCCUGGAAGUCGCCAGCAAGUACCGCCUGGACCCCUCUUCCUUCGCCAAGGCUAAGAUCAACGACCGCGGUAUUGCUGCUCUGGCCUACAACGUCCUGCUCCGCCCCGGUGUCACUCUUGGCCUGGGUGCCUCAUUUGAUACCCAGAACCUGAACCAGGCCGCUCACAAGGUCGGUGCCAGCUUCACCUUUGAGGCUUAA